AUGAGUUGUGGUGAUGAGAGCAAGAUUUGUUUCUGUCGCUCAAAGUCACACCUUAAUUGGGACAAUGUGGAUGACGUCUGCCACCUUAAUCCUCAUCUGCGUAAAAAUCGAACCUCCACCUGCACCAGAGGUAUUCGACAAUGGGAAACUCUACCACCUGAAUUACUUUUGGACAUAAUUCGGCGUGUUGAAGAGAGUGAGACAUUUUGGCCUGCGCGUGCUGCUGUUGUCUGUUGUGCUUCGGUAUGUAAAUCAUGGAGGUCUGUAACGAGAGAGAUUAUCAAGAAUCUUCAACAAUGUGGAAAGAUCACAUUUCCAAUUUCAUUGAAGCAGCCCGGUCCCCGUGAUCAUCUGAUGCAAUGCUAUAUUAUGAGGAAUAGAAUAACUUCUACAUUCCGGUUGUACUUAUGUUUGCGGCCAUCGGUGAAUUGUAGAAAGUUGUUAUUAGCCGCCAAAUGGAAGAGAUGGUUCGAAUUUGCCAUAUCCUUGGCUGCAGACGAUUUUUCUCAAGCCAAAUGUGUUGGUAAACUGAGGUCUAAUUUUUGGGGCACCAAGUUCACUAUAUAUGACACUCAACUUCUGCAAGACGCUGCAGUUCAACCAAAUUUUCGGUCAAGCGAGAGAUUUAAUUCUAAGGUGUCACCAAGAAGUGUUCCAUAUGACAAUCUUGUUAGCACCAUUUCCUAUGAGUGGAAGACUAAAACACCAAGACGAGUGCACUGCGUCAUGAACUCUAUACCUGUCUCGGCUAUUCAGGAAGGGGGAAACGCUCCUACUCCAAAAUCAUUACCUCGAAUAUUUUAUGAACCCUUUCCAAAGACAGAUUCAUACUCUACAAGUGACCUAUCAGAGCAACCAGGACUGAGCCAAGGCGCGGUCGAGCCCUUGAUACUAAAAAACAAGCCUGCCAGAUGGGAUGAUUGGUGCAAGAGUUGGUGCCUAGACUACAUGGGUCAGACUAUAAAGUCAUCUGGAAGGAACUUUCAACUUGUAGCUGAUGUUGAUCCGUCUCAUAAUGUUUCACUUGCGGAGCAAGAAAGGGUAAUCUUGAAUUUUGGAAAGGUUGGAAAAGAUAUAUUCAUCAUGGAAUACUCUUAUCCACUCUCUGCCUUCCAAGCCUUUUCCAUCUGCUUGACAUCAUUCAUUUGUAACAUGUACAAAUCAAAAUGCAAAGCUUAA